CUAUCGACGUACUCACAACAGGAAAAUACCAAAGGUUUCCAAGGGUGAUUGAGGAGUCCCUUGCUUCCAAGCCCUUGACAGAUAGUGAGGUCAAAGAAGCCCUAGAGGAACUGAAUAGUGUAAUUGAAUUACGAAUAUUAACCGAAGAGGUGGUUCCUCCAGCCAUGAGAAAAUACCACGUAGAUAAUGGAAGGAUAACAUUUUUUGUCGAAAAGGAAUUUGAGGUGGUAUUGACAUUAAUUGAUCAAAAACCAGAUUUCCCUUGGCAUAUAGUGGACCUCAAAUUUCUUAUUCAAUCUGCUAAUGAUAAGCUCUAUAGUGAUAUUGAUUUAUCUUUGCAUGAAGUACAAAACAAUUUUGUUAUACAAAAUGCCCAAAUUAGAUUGCUUCCCAAAAAUCCACCACUACCGGAACUACCUUUAUCGAGAGUUCCAGGAAAUACAGAGCAAUCUACAUUGAAACCUGCAAGAUCGCUUCCUUUACUAGAAUUGUAUGAUUUUUUACACACAUUUUGCUUGGAUAUGCAACUUGAUAUUCUUUAUCAGCAGGCCUGCCGUUUAGCAGGAACAAGAUGGGCAAACAAUUUAUUUUUGGAAACGGAUGGAACUCUUCUUGAAGAUCCGCGUACUUUUCUUAGGGUUUAUUAUUGGAGAAGUGUGAAGCCUUCUUCUAAUUCAUCAUUUAAAAAUGACGUAAUUGACAUAACGAUUGCAGAAGAAACAACAAAGCGUUCUUUAAUUCAUUCGUCAAGAUCAAUGCUUUCAAAGUCACAUUGGCUAACUGACACUUCACGUAUCAAACCCGGCGUUUUGAACGAUGGGCGUGGGUUAAAUUAUCCGCACAAAUUCUUGCAAGCUCGCUGGAUAGGUUCAGCGGACGAAAAUGUUACUGAGUGGACAGUUUUGGGUUGGGAAUUUAAACGUGCAGAAUCAGUUAUCAAGGGUUUUAAGAAUGCACUGUCAUCACUUGCUAAGAGUGCGUUUUCGGAGGAAGAUUUAGAAAUUAUAGAAGGUUGCCAAGAAUUUCCUGAUGAUUUUAUCUCUGAUGACUCACCAAUUUCUGACAAUGUUGCAAAGAAAUUCUUGAAAAUUUCGUCGUUACGUGUAUGGCUUUUUGGAGAUAGAUAUGUUACUAUCAGUGUAGACAUUAGAAGCGGUAGAAUUAUAAUUGAAGAAAACAAUAAAAUUGAUGAUAAAGAAUUUAUUAAGAUGUGUGAGGAUAAACUCAGCUUUGCACAAAAUGACGAUAAAUCAGUCGUACAUACACUUUGUCACCUAAAGUUCAGAUCCAGGAUUGAUCAAAUUGAAAAGGCAGCUAAAUAUUUGCAAUUUGACAUACAUAGUGGUCUGAUAUUACGUAAAGAAGAUCUCAAUCAAUUAGGUACAAAUUAUUGCGCGUAUCUUCGUUUCCCACAGUACGAUAAUCACUUUCUAAUCUGUGGGAUUGUGGAUGGUGGUUUGCGUUAUUGGCUGACGACCUUGAGUCGAGAACCGCCAGUUAAAAGGUUUAUAUUAGUUAAAGACGCAAAAGAUCCUACCCAUAAGCUGUCGUCCAUUGAGCCUAUAUACCUAGAGGAAGAAAGGAAUAGCUUUAUAGAUAAAGCAAGUUUAGAAUUGCAAGAAAAAGAAAUUCCUCUAACUAUGGAUGGUGGCGUCCUUUAUGGGAAACGAAAUUUUGAAGAAAUUGAUGAUAAAGCAGAAGGAACAUCACCGAGAAAAAGAAAGCUCGUGCGAGCUAACGCUGGGCUUGAAUAUGAAAUUGUGCAUCUUGCCAGGAUUUCUGCACUUUGUCGUGCUCGCAUAUCUUAUCUUAGAAUGAAAGAACAGAUCAAAUCGCAUGACUUGUCAUUUAAUAUCAUACAGCCUGAUAAAUCCCUCGAAUUUAUCGAUCCUGAUUCCUCCAUAUCUUUAACUUCGUCUAUUCCAGUUUUGAAAAUGGAUAGACAAUCAAUAUUAGCAAAAAUGCCAAUAGCAAUUGAUAAGGCUUUGAAUGUUUUUGGAGACAUUUAUAUUCGAUUCGUUGGCUCUCGUUUAUUAACAACUACAGCGUGUUCGGUUAUAUCUUUUAAAUACGAUGCUGAAGAUUCCUAUAUCAAAAUUUUCCUUCGAGAUUGGAGUAGCAUAGUAAUGAUUUGUCAAGCUGCUUCUCAAGGUAAUCAAUUUGUUGCCC